UUACUGUUUUACCUUCAAAGGUAAUAUUUAGCAAUGGAGAAGAGCAAAGUGGGAGAAAGAGGAGGGCUGACGUUUUGGCUGGCACAACCAGAGGAUUAUGAUGAAGUCAUGGCCAUUUCAGACAACAUAUAUCAAGGCAUGGACUACUUACCCUAUCGUUACAAGAACUGGAUGACUGAGCCAAAUAGAGUGGUGAUUAUAGCCAGGAAAGAAGGGAACGUGGUGGCAUUACAGUCAGGGAUACUUGCUGAUGAGGGCCAAACGAUAGUGUUGGAGGGGCUGCGAGUGUCACCAAGUGAGAGAGGAAGGGGCAUCGCGGGAAUUAUGCAGAGAUUCAUGGACGACUACAUCCGUCAAAUCUAUCCCAGUGUCAGGGUGAAAAGGAUCACCCGAAAGGAUGCUCUGGGACCUGAGAUACUGGCCAAGUUCUCAUUUUUGGCAAGACGGGCUGUCCUCUUUCUGAAAGCUGAGGCCGAGAGCUUUGAUGCCAUCAUCUCUGCCCUGAAAGCUAAACUGAGUACUGAAACAGGGGCAGGAGAUGCUACCUUGGAGCAGAAGCCCAUAUUGGUGGAGCUAGAUAGAGAGCAAGUGAAAAAGGUGCUGCUGGAUCCUGACAUUGCCUCUCAACUUGACCUUCCUGGGGGUGUGAUCAUUCAGGACUGGCAGCCUUUGAAGCCAGUGGAAAGUAACUUGGAGAUCCUAGGGAGGAAAAGUCUCACGUGGCUGGCUGACAGGCUGUAUCAGCCCAGCUUUCUCAGUUUUCACACCCCGCCGUACCCAGUCCCUUACAAAGGAGGGUCCCUCAACUUUAACAUUGACAUGUAUGGGAGAAACCUGGAUCUUGCCUGUUGGGCUUUAUUGAUCCAUUUGCAGAGGGUGAAGUAUGAGUUAAUGGGUACUGUGGUUGUGCGGGUGUACAUGCACCAUUCACUGAGGGAGGGGCUGAAUGUAUUCUGUCAGUGCCCUGGUUUGCAGAAGGACUGGGAGAAAUGGGAGCAGUUUCUGCUGGAGCAGAAUCUCUAACUGGAGGAAGCUUUGUAGCAUGGAGACAUGAAGAGAGAAGCUUGUCCAGGGCCAUAUUUUGCAUUACAUAUAUAGCCCAUACACCUUGUCUAUUGUACAACUCAAGCAUACAUUAAACAUUUCUAAUCAGACAAAACAUUGUUGAAUACAUUGUUUCAAAAAGGGACAUUUCAAACAGGAAGAGAAAUCAUUACGACUAAAUAAAAUUCCAGGGGGGUUGGUGGCACAGUGGGUUAGACCAGACCCUGCUCUCCUGUGGAUGCAGGGUUCAAG